AUGGCAGCUUCGGAAAGCAGCAAUGGAGAAGCUAGCCAGCUACCCAAGCCAGAAGCUGUUCCUGUCUCUAUUUCGGUUUCGAAGAAGCUCCCCCGGCGCCAAUUGACCCUCCUUAGCCUAACGGUCUGUCUGAACGUCUUGCUGUGGACAUCAAUUCUUACUCUAAUAUCCGCUGUUUACCUGUUUGCUUCUAAUCCCAAUGACACCGUCAACAUCCCCACUGAGAUCCUCACAACUCUCUCGGCCCUGGCAUCAGUCGGCUACAUCAUUGUUCACACUAUAUUCUCUCUCAAGCAGAGGAUAUGGCGGCACCAACAACGCGAUCCUUCAAUUAUCAAAAAGACAACGUACGUUGCCGUCCGCAUUGCCGUCUCACUAUGUACCCUCUGGCUCUUGACGAACGGGUGGAACAUGAUCAUGGUUGCAAGAAGACCAGCAUGUCUUCCAGCGGGACCGGGGAUUGCAGCUUGGGAGAGCGGAGUGACUUGUCUCGUCGGACGUGUCAGCUUUGCGCUAUCCUUCAUUGCUCUAGUAGCCUCAUGCACGCUCUUCGGUAUGCUGGGCGUCCUCCGCCGGCCUUUCGAAGCGCAUGUCUUCAAGGCCACCUACCACGACUCUGUUAAUCUACAUCCUACGCCUAAUCCGUCUCGUAAGCCCUCACCCACGCGCAGCAUAUCCAACAUAUCGGAGAAAUCUCGCAGCCGAUGCAAACUUCCUCGCAGAAGAAGCAGCAUUGCCACCACCGAUGUCGAGACCCUUGAUCUGUCGUCCACUUCCUUGCCCUCUACCAUACAUGCGCCUUCCCCUAUCCGCUCUAUUGGUCUUGGGAUAUUCACUUCUUCAGCACAGCCACCGCCUCUCCCAGCUACCUAUAAUACUCCAGCAUCGGGAUCGGCGUCCCAAUCCAGCUCCACGGAAACAACAGUCGUUACGCCACCUCCCCUGCUCCCAUCUCUCCUCCCACCAUUCGUCCAACCUACAUCCACACCCAGAGCAACACCACCCCACGCAGCAGGGCUUCCCCCACCCCCACGCAUGUCCUCCCUCAUCGCCCCAUCCGGCUUCGUUCCCCUCACCGUCCCGGUGCAACUGUCGCACUCGGCGUGGCGAGCUGUCCAUCCGACACUGCCAUCCCCGCUCGGCCCUGCUUCACGCUCGAACCCAAAUCUACCGAGGGUAUCCAGCACCGCAAGCUUUACGUACCGUAAUCGGUACUCACGGUCCUCAGUGUCGCUGACGAGGCCGCAUCGCCUGAGCUCCGGGACGCCGGCAGGGAGUCUAAGUGCGAGUCGAGCGGGGAGUGAGAGGAGUGGGAGUACGGGACCGGCGGAAGAAAGGAGGGGGAGUCCCGAGGGUGGCAGCAGCAGCAAGGAUGGAGAAGAAGAUAGGAGCGGUGGGGAUGCUAGGAAAGCGAGUGCGGCGGAGAUUGCCUAUGCGAUUUUGAAUGGCACGGAUAUCCCGGGGAUGGAGGUGGUGCCUACAAGGAUCCUUUAUAGCGCUGGUGGAAGGGGAGGGAGGUAUAAGAUGGGCCAUGUUAGGCGUGCUAGUGCGCCGGAUGCGGGGAGUGUGGUGGGUGGGGCGGAGAUGGGGAGGGGUAGGAUGGCUAUGGGAUGGAAGCCGCGUCUUGGAGCGGGGGAGGAUUGUGGGAGCGGUGAACGUAUGGUCGGAAGGAAGAUGUGCAAAGGGGUUAUGAGGUCUUCGUCUGCGGAACUGCUGAGUCGGUUUAGUCCGGAUAGCAGUCCAGACGGCAAGGACGUUAAUCUGCGAGUAGAGUUGGAGAAAGAGUUAGAUAUCAGGGGGAGAAGUAGAAGCCAUCCUGGGUCUGGUUCAGAAACGGGGUCAGGAGGCGGAGAGGGAGACGAAGUUCAGGGUGGUGCGAGCAUAGAUGCCGAGGAGGAAAAAGGGGACAGAGAAAGCGUGACAGGGGAAAGGAAAGGGAAGAGGAGAACGAGCCGCAUGCCGCAACCUCCGCGGAUAUUCAAGCGCGGUUCCAGGGGCGAUGGAUUUGCUGGCGUGGGUGGAGGUGAGUGGGAGGAAGUGAAGAAUAAGCCACUGCCGAAGAUUGCGAUGCUGUGA